AUGGACUUGAUAUCGUCUAUCUUCCCCUGUAUCCAGCGACGGAAGCCGCUGAAAUUCCCAGCUCAAGAGCAUAAUGACGUCCAGCCGGAGAGCGAAGCGUCUCAAGCCUCUUCGGCGGCCUCAAGAACCGUCCCCAGCAAGUCCUCAGCGAGGAUGUCGGUUCGGAUCGUUGAAGCAGUCGAUUCGCAGACGACCAUUUGCCCCGAGGAGCCCAUGAACGACCAUGACGGGCUCCAGGAGAACGAAAAUGAGAACGAGAAACAGAGACCUCUCGUCUCGUCUGUCGAGCAUAGACAUGCAGACGCAGACGCAGACGCAGACUCAGCAAAAGACAGCAAUGUCAGAGUUAUCUACAUGGACCUCAACGAUACCCCGACAGCAACGCACGGCCGUCACAAUCAAAAUCAAAAAGAACCACUUAUUCCCGCGCCACCCCCCAAAGCCGCAAAGCUCCCCGAGGUCAAAAGCCGCAUGAUAGAGAACAUCCCCGAGGAAAGCGACGACGACGGGGACAACACACCACCAUUCGAAGACGCUACGGGGAACUCAUCUGAACGAGACGCCAAACGCAACUCAACCUGGCGCCAGAGCUCCAGAAAAUCUCUGGUCGACAUCAUCAACCUCCUGCAAUCAACCACAAGCAACAACAUCAGCACCCUCCGCAUCAACAGUCUGAAGUGGCCCUUACCACCGAAAUCACCCCACCGGCCACGGCCCUCCACAGCCUUAUCCUGCCGGUCGUCGACGUCGUUCAGCUCGUCGGUAACCGCCACCGUAGAGUUUGAGAAGCCGACCCCCAUCGACAAGAAAGAGAGACGGAUGGGCGCAGCGAUGCUCCCCAGCAUCCGACUUGCGGCCAGGAGAUGGAGCGUCAACGACGGCGGCAUUGACAAUGACAGCAGCGUGAACCCCAAGGGGCCUCGGCCUCUUUUUUGCGAGUAA